ACUCAAACCCAAAAUGCUACUUCUGAUUUCGUACACUGCAUCAGAGCAACCUGUUGGCUUCCUAACGUACUUAUCCUUUCUCUUGAUUGCAGCUAAGAUUAUGGCUCCAGCACCAGUCUCAUUCACAUCUGUUACCAGAGAUGGUGAAGAAACAUACGCUGACAUCGAUUGGGACCAACUUGGUUUUGCUCUAACUCCGGCAGAUUACAUGUAUGUAAUGAAAUGCUCUAACAAAGAGAACUUUCCACAAGGACAGCUUGUUUGCUAUGGUAAUAUUGAGAUAAGCCCAUUCUCUGCAGUUCUGAAUUAUGGACAGGGAUUGAUUGAAGGUCUAAAGGCAUACAGGACAGAAAAUGGUGGAGUUUUGCUCUUUCGGCCAGAUGAGAACGCUAAGCGCAUGCAAAUGGGUGCACAAAGAGUGUGCUUGCCAUCCCCAUCUGUUGAGCAAUUUGUUGAAGCCAUAAAGCAAACUGUCCUUGCCAAUAAGCGUUGGGUGCCUCCGCAUGGAAAAGGGUCAUUGUAUCUUAGGCCUCUGCUGAUGGGAAGUGGACCUGUUUUGGGACUUGUUCCUGCUCCUGAAUGCACUUUUAUGAUAUCUGGCACUCCCAUUGGGAACCACUUCUUGACCAAUCACGGCGCUGCAAACUUGUAUAUUGAGGAUAAGCUUCCCCGUGCUUCUCCUGGUGGAACUGGAAGCAUCAAAAGUAUCACCAAUUACUCACCUGUUUUCGAAGCAGUAUCUCAAGCCAAAGCCAAAGGAUUCUCUGAUGUCCUGUUUUUGGAUGCAGCAACUGGAAAAUGCAUUGAGGAAGUUUCUUCAUCUAACGUCUUUAUUGUCAAGGGCAAUGUUAUUUCAACUCCUCCAAUAAAUGGAACUGUUCUGCCUGGAAUAACACGAAAGAGCAUCAUGGAACUGGCUCUUGAUAUGGGAUAUCAGGUUGAGGAGGGCAAUAUCCCAGUGGAGGAUCUGAUGAGUGCUGAUGAAGUGUUCUGCACAGGAACGGUUGUGAUUGUUACUCCUGUUGGUAGCAUAACCUACCAAGAUACAAGGGCUGAAUACAAGACAGGAGAAGGAACAGUAUGUAAUAAACUGCGGGCAACGCUUAGCGGGAUUCAAAUGGGUCUUAUCCAAGACAAGAAGGGAUGGACCGUUGCACUUGAUUGAGCUUCUCCUUUCUCCCUUCGCAAUGCAGUGUUGAAAAGUGCACUCUCUCUCUCUCUCUUUAUAUGAUUAACUUUGAGGCUGUCUGUCAUGUUGACAGCUUCACUUAAUAAAUCUAUCAGAUUGAAACGAUACAUUAUUUCUUAUUUACGUA